GUGUUCGGAAAGGGGCGGAGCCUGCUCGCAUCAGGACCAGCCGAGCUGCACCUGCAUCCUUUGCUCAGAGCAUCCCUGGAGCAUCUUAAGACGUGAACGCAGCUGGCAGCCAGGGAUCGAAGCGUCGCAGGAAGCGGCCGCCGGAUACCUUCCCCUUCCCCUGACCUCAGGCUCUGCAGCGGGAGCCUCGGCGCUAACCGGGGGGUCCCCCAGAGUGGUCUGACCGUUGCAAAAAAAAAGGCCUUUCGAAAAGCAAAUAACCUCUGACUGCGACAUGGCUGAGAUCACCAAUAUCCGACCUAGCUUUGAUGUGUCACCAGUGGUGGCCGGCCUCAUCGGGGCCUCAGUGCUGGUGGUAUGUGUCUCAGUGACCGUCUUUGUCUGGACGUGCUGCCAUCAGCAGGCAGAGAGGAAGCACAAGACCCCGCCAUACAAAUUUAUUCACAUGCUCAAAGGAAUCAGCAUAUACCCAGAGACCCUCAGCAACAAAAAGAAAAUCAUCAAAGUGCGAAGAGACAAAGAUGGCCCGGGGAGGGAAGGUGGACAUGGGAAUCUGUUGGUGGACGCCGCUGAGGCGGGCCUGCUGGGCCGUGGCCCAGGCGUCAGAGGCUCUGGCUCUUGUGUGGACCAGUUACCCAUCAAAGUGGACUAUGGGGAAGAACUGAGGAGCCCCAAUACCAGCCUGACCCCUGGAGAGAGCAAAUCUACAUCCCCCUCAUCUCCUGAGGAGGAUGUCAUGCUGGGCUCUCUCACGUUCUCUGUGGACUAUAACUUCCCCAAAAAAGCGCUGGUGGUGACAAUCCAGGAGGCCCAUGGGCUACCAGUGAUGGAUGACCAGACCCAGGGCUCUGACCCCUACAUCAAAAUGACCAUCCUGCCGGACAAGAGGCACCGGGUGAAGACGAGGGUACUGCGCAAGACUCUAGAUCCUGUAUUCGAUGAGACCUUCACCUUCUACGGCAUACCCUACAGCCAACUACAGGACCUGGUGCUGCACUUCCUCGUGCUUAGCUUCGACCGCUUCUCCAGGGAUGAUGUCAUUGGGGAGGUCAUGGUGCCUCUGGCCGGGGUGGACCCCAGCACCGGCAAGGUCCAGCUGACCAGAGACAUCAUUAAAAGGAACAUCCAGAAGUGCAUUAGCAGAGGGGAACUCCAGGUGUCCCUGUCAUACCAGCCUGUGGCCCAGAGAAUGACAGUGGUGGUCCUCAAAGCCAGACACUUGCCGAAGAUGGACAUCACCGGUCUCUCAGAUCCCUACGUAAAGGUGAAUGUCUACUACGGCAGGAAGCGCAUAGCCAAGAAGAAAACCCAUGUGAAGAAGUGCACUUUGAACCCAGUCUUCAACGAGUCUUUCAUCUACGACAUCCCCAGUGACCUCCUGCCCGACAUCAGCAUUGAAUUCCUGGUCAUCGACUUCGACCGUACCACCAAGAAUGCCGUGGUGGGGAGGCUGAUUCUUGGGGCACAUAGUCUGACGGCCGGGGGCGCUGAGCACUGGAGGGAGGUGUGUGAGAGCCCCCGCAAGCCGGUGGCCAAGUGGCACAGUCUGAGCGAGUACUAACCCCUCAUGCCCCCCCCCCCCAGACUGCCAUCUCUCCAGGCCAGGCUGGGGAGGGCUGUGGCAGAGGAUGGGGGAAACCCCAGAUGAAAGUGGACUCAAAACCUCAUUUUAGUUGUACUAGAAGAUUUCUAACCAAACAAGCCCCACAAACACACACACAUACACACACACAAAACAAAACAAAACAAAAAAACAAAAAACAAAAAAAUCCUAUCUGCACAGGACCAUACUGCAAAUCAAUUCUUAGCGAUGAUGGUUUUCCUCUUUUGCAAGGCACUAGAAAAUUCUUUCUUUUUUUCUUAAAUGGGGGAUUAAAAAACAAAAAGAGAGAGGGAACAGACCUCUACAAGUCUAUAUAUACAAUGUAACCUUAUCUUGCAUGUCUAAUACAAACUGAAAAAAUUUAACCUAACUGCCAAUAUCAAGUUACCGGUUUGAAUCCAUUGAAAAUUGUGUUUUUGUGCCGAAUCUUGUAUUUGCUGAUGACCUGAAAUUGGCCUUUUUUUUCCCGUUGGGCUUCUCUGGAGAGAUGCUCGCUCCCCAUCUCUGCAGAAGAAUAUUUUGCUCUUGUGAAAUCUCAUGUUUUCCUCAUCCUCACUCCUCCCUCCCUCCCUGUUCACUAUCAGAAUCUCUGCUCUGGCUAAACCCAAGGUCCGGAGUCUAGAGCAGGUGCAUGGAUAGCCAGGAGGUCUCUGUGUGUCCUUAGGCCUCCCACUGGCGAGGAUACAUAUGGACAUAGCAAGCAGGUCAGGGGAAAUGCAGGUUCACAUUCUCAAGGAUGUCUUUAAAAUGAGCUUUACAGGCCCCAAAUUCAGCAGUAGAGAACACAGGCCACUGCGUGCUAGGUCAUGAGAGAUACGCAGCUGCUUCAGCCCUUCGCAGCUACAUUGGUUUGAAGGAUGGAACGCCACUUGGCCUUUAUUUUUCCAGAAAUGCUGACUGCUGGGAAGCCUUAGAGCUUUCUCAAAAUGCUUGGAAGAAGUUAGUUUUCCUUGGUAAGGGAAAAGACCUUUAGAAAGUCUUCUUAAAACUCUUAAGAGCAGGUUGGAGAGAUUGUACAGGAGAAAGGCACUGCUUGUCUUCAACCUCACCCUGGUUUUUACCCUGGUACCACAAGUUCCCUUAAGUACUGCAAGGAGUUGCUCAUGAACACGGAGCCAGAAGUAAUCCCUGAGUACCCGUCAGUAUGGCCCAAAACCCCCAACAAAAAUACCUAGUUUUUAAUAGAGGCUGUAAAACUAAAAUGUGACAUAAUGGAUACUGAAGGUAGCUUAUUUUAAAGAACAGACUUUCCCCCAGGGACUGCCUAAAAGAUAGUACAAUGGGUAAGGCACUUGUCCUUUAUGUGGCUGAGCCCAGGUUCAGUCCCCAGCAUUGCAUACGGUUUCCCAAGCCCUGCCAAGAGUGAUCCCUGAGCACAGAGCGAGGAGUAGUUUCUGAGCAGUGCCAGGUGUAGCCAAAAAAAAAAAAAAAAAAAAAAGCAAAGCCAAAUAAAACAACAGAUUUUCUCUCAAAACAAAGUGCUUAGCUCUUGGGGCUCAGGAGUGUCCCCAGAAAUCAGCUGCCCUCCUGCCCAGGGGACUGAGCCCAGCCUCUCUCUGGGAUUCAAAUUCAAAUUUGGAGUGGGAAUAUUUCCAUGGCAGAGGUUUGGUUACCAGUGAGUCAAAUGGAUGGGUAGCAGGUGUUUUUGGCAGACUGAAGUCUCAGAUGAGCAGCAGCUGGAGUGGAGGCUGCAGGUGUCUAGUCCGAGAGAGGGGGCCCAAGUGAUAUGUUUUCAUGAGAACAUCCCUGUCUAACUGGCAGCCAUAGCUGAAAAAGUCAGGUCUUAGGGAAUGAGUGGUCAUGCCACCUUUGAUGUUCCUUCCCUUCCUUCUUGAACAUUCUAAACCAAUCUGCCCCCCAGAUCGUUGGGCUAUUGUGUCCCUCUUGGAUUCUUGACAAAGACAAGCAAAGAGCCUGCAGCCCCCAGGAUGGGACUUGGCUUAUCCCCCCACUCUCCACCCCCAUCAUCAGUUAGGUUCCUACCAUUAGUCUUUCCUGCACUCCAUGGAAUGUAAAUACUGUAUCAUACGUAGAGGAAAAUAAUUUUUGAUUUCUAAAAAUGCAUUUUGAGAUAGUUUAACGUACAUCUGACAGGAGCAUUCUGAAGCCCCGUUAGGAAGAAAUGUAAAUGGUUCCUCCUCAUCGCCUUAAUGUGGAAAGAUCAGAAAUCGCUGAGGUUUCCUUCCCAGAAACAAUGCAAAGCAGUGGCGGGAGAAGUCUUGGCACUUCUGACUGUAGUCUGGGACCUGGCCUUGCCCCGCCAUGCCCCCUCUCCCAGUAGCUUUAUUCCUGGCAUUAUUUGGGUCUACUGAGCAGUAGGGGGGUGAGGUGCCAGGGUGAGGGAGCCCACUGUUUUGUAGCCUAGGAGCUGCCUCCAUGACUUUCUCAGAAGACAAGACCAAGAGGCAAGCAAAGGGUUCCUCCCUCCUCCUACCUCAGGCCUGGUCAUCGUGGCCUUGACUUUGUCAUCCCAAAGUCUCUUAGUUACUUUGGCUUUUUCCAUUUGUUCCUCCCGGAGCAAGUGAUCUGGAUGGAGGAGGAAAUCUCCUCCCACGGGUCAGUGGGACCACAAGAGAGGCACGGCCUUGCUUUUGCACAAGGCACGCAUGGUCAGGAAUGGGUUGGAGCAUGGUUACUUCCAGACUUCCAAGAAUUGGCCCUUCUGAAGAAAGCAUGAGAGCUCUCGGAAGACAAGAGAUUAUCUUCAGAUCAGAAGCCCUUUGGUGAGAUGUUCCUUCGCUCUGUGCUCCGUGGAGCAAGUUCUAGGCCAGAGAGUUUUGUUUUUAAACAGGAAUAUGAUUGAGCUGGAGCAGUAGGACAGUGGGUAGGCUGUUUGCUUUACAUGCAGUCAGCCCAAGUUCAGUCUCUCGCAUCACAUAUGAUCCCCCGAGCCCACCAGGAGUGAUAUCUGAGCAUAGCUUUGGUGUAGCCCCAAACCAAAACAAUAACAAUAAAACAGUAACAUGAUGCUAAAACAGUGUUUAAGAGAGUUAACUCUCAGCACUCCUAGGCUAGCACACUUCUGACUACAAUGAAUAGCAAAGCCAAUACAAAUUGCCUGAAAAGGGGCCUGGGUUGGCACACAGAGGCAGUAACAGAAGGAAGGUAUUUGCCGCUGGUGCAAAUCUGAUUUGAUCCUGGCAGUAACUGACUGCCAGGAGUUACUCCUAAGCACAGAGUCAGGAGUAAAUCCUGAGUACUGUUUGGUGUGGCCCCUCAAAAACAAACUGAAAAAUAGGGGCCAGACACAUGAGAUGUGGCUCAAGUGCAAAGGACACAUGCCUUUGUAUGUACAGGGUUCAACCCUUGACCCUUCCUUACUGCCCUCUCAACAUGGUCAGAUGUGUUUCCCCCUCAAAAUAAAUGGUUUAAAGUUAAACUUUAAGCCAAGAUGCAAAUGCUUAUGGACAGUCUUUAAAUCUGCAGCUAGAACUAGUGUGUGGGACACGAACGGGGUGGCUUGCUCAGGAGAGGAAAUAGUAUAAGUCCUUUUUUCUUGGAAGGCUUUUAUUCUGGCCAUGAUAGUGACAUUGCCCUCACCAUUGACCCUUCUCCAAUGUGGUAGUCUUUCUUUACCUUGUGUCUUCUCUUGUAAAAAUUAAACACAAAUAAAACAUGUCAAAUUAAAAACAAACGAAACAAAACAAUGAAGAAGCUAACCUGGAUUGUGUGACAUUGCAUAAUGCUGUAACGCUAACCUACAACUACGUAAUGCUAUCUUGUAUGUUGAAUUUGUUAAUGCACCACACACGUGCAAAAUAAAGACUGAUUCACACUAAA